AUGGACGAGAUCAUCACGCGCUGGGCAUCCGACCUCUCCAAGUACCAGAAGGAGUUCCAGACCCAGGCACAGCGCGUGGCGGGGUGGGACCAGACGAUCCUGGAGAACUCGAACAAGAUCAACAAGCUGUGGUACGCGACACACGCCGCGGACAAGGACGCGGGGGAGAUCGAGCGGCAGUUGACGAAUGUGGAGAGUGCGCAGGAUGAGCUGGGGGGUUGGCUGGACAAGUUUGAGGCGGAGAUUGAUGAGAUGAUGGAAGGGCAGGUGAGAGGGGGAAAGAAUGACUUGCAGGGGCCGGAUCAAGAGCGGGAGAACACGUACAAACUCGCUGAGAAGCUUUCUGACCGCCUCAACGAGCUCAACAAGGAUCUCACUGAGAUGAUCGAGGAGGUUAAUGGUGUUUCGCAGACGCUGAGCAAGACUACCAAGCCUGAUGAUCCACUCUCCGCCGUCGUCAAGGUCCUCAACUCCCAUCUCGCCCAGCUCCAAAUCAUCGAUACCGGAGCCACAGAGCUACAGGCCAAGAUCGCGAACGCGCAGAAAGAGCAGCAGCGUCUGGGCGGUGCGAACGGCUGGUCUGGCCUUGGUUCAGACCCGGCGGAGGACUUCUACCGCAGCUUCAGGGGCGGACGGACGGAGAGGUUUGGGGGUGUCAGUUGA